CUGAAAAUGGAGAAUGAAUAUUAGUGUAAUAGAAAUUAUGCUGUAAACUGUGUCUGAAGGAUUGCUUGCUAAUUCUGCUUGGAGAAGUUUUAUUUUCAGGAGAGUGGUGAAUGAAACACAGUUUUGUGUUUUGUUAAUAGAGGACUGAUGGCAAUCGAAAAGGUGACCGAUAUCCCUUCAGAUAAUGUGUAUGCUUAUGCAUUAUCAAAAACCCUCACAAAGGUCUCUUCUCCUGUGACGGUGGGUUUGUAUUCAGAAUGUCACAGCAGGAUCAACAUGGUCCUCAAGAACAUUGAGGUUUAUAUGAAUCAAGAGGCCAAACGAAGAGAAGAGAAGUACACUAAGGAACCAAAGCCUCGCUCAAUUACUCCCUCUAUUUCUGCCAUGCUUUCUCUGAUCUUGCGGCUCCUCUUCUACCGGCCUGUGUGGACAGAGCAGAACCGGAAUAUGAAGAACAUUCGUUUUAUGUUUGUGAGGUUCAGCGCAUGGCAUUUUGCAGGCAGUGACCUUCUCUGGGCGGGACUGGUAAUGCAGUUGAGCAAGGCUAUUCAGAACAGCUUUGGUAAACUCCAGCUGGGCCUCUUCCGAAUCGUCCAACAUGACGAAGACAAAGAUGCAGGGAAGAAGAAGAUUGAGGAUAUUCCAAAGAACUGGAGGUCCAAAAAGUUGGCCUGCGUCCCAAUUUGGGCGCUAAUACUUUCAGGAUUCAUUGGUUCAAUCCUUAUUCUGGUUCCUCUCAUCAUGUUUGGAUUUCCUCAGCUGAAGGAACACUUAGAAGGAGAAAAGGUUGAGGAGUCCAGCAAUUAUGGUGCACUGGAAGGUUUCGCCAUCGCUGUACUUGGUGUUCCUGCGGUUGGAGCUCUAAGAUUCAUAUUAUUGUUGUUGAAGAACCUUAUUUUCAAGCAAGACCUUAAAAUUAGACAAGGGCUGGACAACAAGAAGGUAAGUCAGCAGCUGGGACUAAUGCAUGAAGUCCGGUUGGAGAUGAGACUGCUGUGCUGCUUCAUUCACUUCAUGGAGAUCUUUGAAAGGAGGAGGGUCAGGGUGGUGUUGGAGAUCACCAACUUGGAUCGUUGCACACCGAAGAAAAUCGUAGGCGUUUUGGAUGCUAUCAACAUUCUCCUAUCUGAUGAAGAGAGUCCCUUCAUUUCUGUUCUUGCUGUAGAUCCAGAAGUCCUGGUUAGUCAGGUUCAACAGGCAGAAGACUGUCUAAGCAAAAGAGAUUCUGCGCAUGACUUUCUAGAUCGUAUAAUCACACUGCCCUUCACUGUGCCUCCCCUAUCUAAUGCAUCAAAGUCCAGUGUUUUUGAAAACAUUGUCCGUGGUCAGUCUGAGAUCUCUGAAAAUAUUCCUUUUGAAGAGACAUCUGCUCUAGGAGAUCCAAGUACAUCAUUCUCUCUUGAAAAUGAGUAUUCUGUAAAGGGCAGUGAGGCUGAAGAAGAACAAGCCAUCCCUUUGAUUCCAAAAAAAGGAAAUGUUGAAACCUUUGCUGCAGCAGAACUUAAUCUUGAAGAAGUGGAUAAGUUGACUGAGUCUGCAUUUUCCUGCAUCACCUCAAGAGAUAAAAGCAAACUUCCAGCUUACAUAUCUGGAGACACCAUGUCAAUGAGACGAGUAAUUAACUCCAUUCGAGUAACUAUUAUGAUUAUGGAGACCCGAAAAUUGGAGCCUCCAUCUCCAGAGAAAAUUGCUGCGUGGGUGGUUUUGGUGGACCGUUGGCCUUGCAGAUUAAGUUGGAUUCUUCAAUGUGUUGAAGAUGACCAACAGAGUGAUGAGAUAGAUGGAAUAAUUUGUGCUGUUGAUAAUACCAGGAAAUUAUGGGAUGUGUUCAAUUAUAACAGUCUGGAGCUCUACUUCACUGGAUAUGCAGUGAAGAACUUUCUGGACAGAGACGGGGACCCUGAGCUGUUUGAGAUUUUCCUAAAGAACCACUUCAAAUUCACUGUAGAGGAUCUGGAGAAGUUUAAGCUUUGCACAGUGAACUUAAACUACUCCAUCAAGAAUGAGCUGGCCAGGAUCCGUGGGAGCCGCAGCCUCAAGAGAGCAGGGAGAAAUGCCUUACAGUCCCUCUCAUCACGAACUGUAAUGAACAUGAAAACAGAAGAUAUUUGUCAAGAGCUGUCAAACCUGAGAUUCCCAGAGAAAUAUCUUGAAACGAUAAAGGAAAAUUUCAUAGAUGGCAGAACGAUUCUCUUCAGCGACCCCAAAGACCUCAGAGAAGUCCUGGAAAUGACUCUGGGUGAAUGGACAUCUUUUAAAAUUCAUUUCCUUGGGGUCAUACCUUCUAGUCAGCCAGCUCAGGCAAAAACUCUUCCAAACACCACAAACCCUGGAGUGGUGGAUCUGGCAAUGGCCAGUAAGCAGUAUAAGUGACCUUGAAGUUUGCAUCAGUGCAUUUUUCCUCAUGUGUAUGCUUUCAAUAGACUAAGAAUGUUUCAGGAAACAAUACUGCAUUCCUACAAAAUAGAAUUCCUUUACAGCAAGACUGUAAAUGGACACCAGUAAAUCAGAGUACUCAGA